AAGAAAAUUCUGAUGAAUUUAGGUUUGUCACCCUUGCAAAAUACAUAUGUUACUAAAUUGAUCCCUAUAAAAGACAUUCUUGCCUCCGCCACUGAUUAAUCCUUUAUUUCGUUUCUGAAUUAAUCAUGGAGUAAAAUGACCCAUGUGAAUUGUUGUUGAAAAAAAAAAUUACUUGUAUUUUCAAAGAAAAUUCUGAUGAAUUUAGGUUUGUCACCCUUGCAAAAUACAUAUGUUACUAAAUUGAUCCCUAUAAAAGACAUUCUUGCCUCCGCCACUGAUUAAUCCUUUAUUUCGUUUCUGAAUUAAUCAUGGAGUCCCCUUAAUGGAAUUGGUGGCCAAAACCUCAUUUUUAUGGGAAAAACUAAGCCGAUAUUUUUCUGUUUUUGAGAAGAAUGUAGCGAUGAGAGAUAUGGGAGGACUGUUGCAAGUAUUGACUACAGCGCAUGAUGUGAGGUUGAUGUAAACAUAGUAACUAAUAACACCCAGAUUCACUUUUAUAAGAAAAUGUAUCUUUAAAAGUGAUAUUUGUUUAAAGCGUAGAUGCGCAAUGGGGAACAUAAUAAUCAUCAUUUGAAAAGAACCAAUACAACCCUUUUUUCUUUGUUUUAAAGGAGGUUCAUUUAUAACCAUCAAAACUUUGGACAUGAAAUAGAAAACCAUCGAAACUUUUGAUAUGUUCUUCUAACCACACAAUCAAACUUCAGCAGCAUGUGAACCUAGCAACUAUACAAAUGUUUGAACAUCCAAUACACCCGUUAACAAUAAAAAAAUUAUAUGUUCUGUAUCAAAUAUGAUAAAAACAGUUCCGAUUAGACUCUAACCAAUUAUAUUUUUUUUUACGUCGAUAUAUUAGAAUACUAAAUUAAUUUGUAAGGUCUUCUUGACCGUCAAGCAUCGAUCGCAUUCAUAUAUCUUUUGAAAGUUGGAACUAAGUAAUUAAAUACGUAUUUGACAAACUACCGUAGUCGGCACUCGACAGGGAUGCAUGAAAAAAACAAAUAACUAAAAACGAAAAGUAAAAAGUAUUGGCACUCACUUUUCUCAAGCAAAAAUAAGAAAAAGAAGUCUUGACAUUCAUUAAUCUAAUCAUAUUGGUAAACAUAUAUGGGAAAGACACUUCACCGUCAUUUGCCAGAAAUUUACCUAUUUUGGCAAAAAUUGCACCUCCGACAUUUUAUAUUUACACAUCUAACAUCACUCUUUACAUCUUUAUUAUUGUUUUCAGUAGUUUCUAGUAUUAUAAAAAUAAUUAAUCUGCAUAUUUCAAAAUAAUCAUAUUUUAUACAUUGUAACCCACAGUAUAUAUAUACUGUGAACUUGUGGAGUCUCGUAGUUUGCAAAUGUGGUAAAUAAAUUAUACUUAUUGAAGAAAUGCAUGUAGUAUAAAUUACGUUUUUCCAAAAUAAAAGACAACAGCGGUAUUAAGCUUUUCAUAGGUUUUACUGGACCAUUACUUUUCCAUACUAUACACAAAUUUUUGGGUCUCUGAAAAUUUCCUUCAAUUAUUAUUGUAUACAUAUAUAAUUCAUUUACUUAAAAUCCGGGAUAGUAUGAGAUAUACUAUCAUAUAGUAUUAGAAAAGAAUCAAUAGAUGCACUCAUAAUUGAUUUUCCAAUAGCAUUAAUAAUGUAUUUGAAUUAAGUCUUGUGUAUGAAAUGACCUGAGACAUAGAAAGUCAAACAAACUAUACGGGAUCCAAUAAAUCACAUCUGGACUAUAUAGUACUCCCUCCGUUCCUGAAAUUAAGAUUUUUUAGAGUAUGCACGCUUAUUAAGAAUUUAAUAAAUGUUUAUAAUUUAAUUUAUUUUUUACUUUAUUAUACACUUUCCAAUAACUUUCCACCAAUGAAAUUUAAUCAGUUCAAAUAUUCUCAAUUAAUGUUCUUCAAAAGUAUAAAAAAAUACCUUAACAAUAUAGAAAAUAUAUCUUUGUGAAACAAGAAAAAAACCUAAAACAUUUUAUUUUCGGGAACGGAGGUAGUAUAAGUAUGACUACUUUCCCAACAAAAAAUGCCAAGAAAUUCAGGAAAAUAGUUCUUAAUGAUAUUUUUUUGGUAGAAUCACGUUCUAAGAAGAGACGAUGACGUGUGUUCCAUUGAACCCAAGUUCUUAAACUCGCAUUCUCUAUCUAUAAAUAACACUUUCUCUUCUCCUUCUUUCUCACUCCCUUCAUCUUACCUUCACCUUCCUCUCUAAAUCUCCUCGUCACUUUUUAAUAUAAACAGGAGAUAAAGUAGAGAAGAAUCUGUAAAGCUCAGGAGGGAUAGCGCCAUCAUGAUCACAGACAUCGAUAUUUUUGGCGCUGUCCAUCCUGAGUUUCAUUGGCUCUUCUUACUACAAUAUUAAAGGCAUAAACAUACACCUCAAAACUUCAAAAAUAAUUUCCUUGGCUCUCAUGUUAGCUCUCUUCAUAUCGCCACUACAACGAAAAAAUAAAAAAACUAUCCUAUUUAAUUCCUUUCUUUUUUGGUUUAACAAAUUAAUUAGUCUCUAACAUAAAUCAUGAAGAGAAAAGAAAAGAAGAUCUCGUCUUUAGUCUCUUUCUCCGGUAAUGUCAGCCACCGACGGGUAGGUUUCACUGUAUCCUAUUCAUUACAAUUAGUGUUGUUAUUACCGUUUUGGUAAAAAUGAUUGAUUAAUGUGGGGUCAAACUUUCUAAACCAAUUAUUUUGGAAGAAGGUGAAACCCCAAUCAAUUAAAAUACAAAUAAUCUUCCAUUUGCUAGAGUUGCAAGAAAAAAGUUGCAAUAUCAUAAGUAUUGUAUUUUCUCUUUUCUUUUCCCUUUCGGAUUUGUUAGGAUUUACUUAUCUUUAUAGUGCUUGUGCCUGUGGUUGGGCCAGGCUAAGUGGGGAACAGAUAUGCUGUGCUGCAUGAACCACGUGGAUGAACAUGCAUAUACACAGUUACAUUUAUUUUCCUCAAAAGUUGAAGUUUCAAUAUUUUCAUCAUAUUUCGAACUUAUAUUAUUUCAUUGGCCCUUGAUGGUUCUUCUUCCACGUUUUCACUCCCUUAUUCACACAUAUAUUACUAUAUUUGUAUCUUUAUUGCAUUUAGAGUUGUACUAUUCAAGUAAAAGAGAACACUGGUAAUUAAGCAAAUUUAGUUUGUAAUUUAAAUUCCAUGUUUGUUUCUCUAUCAGUUUAAGUUUUCAGAAUUCCUUUUAUAUAUUUCAACAUUUCACUUGUUUAAACCUUAUAUAACUAUUUAGUUCGUCUUGCAAUGAGUUUUUGCUACCAUUCAGUUAAAUCUAUAUUAACAUAUUAUACCGUCUCAAAGGGUUCAUUAAUGGGACCUUUGAUAAAAUAAAAUAGUUUCCAACCAUUUCAGGGGAUCAUUGUUACUCAAGUCCAUAGUUAUAUAUUUCUCUAAAAAAAUGAUCUAGGUUUAAGACAACAUGAGAGACUUCUUAUACAUACAUAUACUCAGAAAUUGAAAGCAAGCUAAGAUUUCUAGCAUUAUAAUACGAACUAAAGUUUGUAAUAUGGCUACAAUCUACAAAAAUGUAAUGCACAUUCACACCUAUAAACUAUUAAUAAAACCAAACCAAAGUUUUGUUUAAAUUCACAAGAAAAGCGGGAUUUGCGUCCAAGACCGGUGAGAUUCAAGGCUUGAGUUGAAGCAGUUGGGAGGAGAACCUCACAAGGAUGGACAUAAGUUUAUGAACUAGGUCAAAGCUUUGGAUGAUCAUACCCCAAGGAAGUUUCACUUGGUGACUAACUCAACAAAAACAAUCGGAUUGAAUCUUACACUACUAAAAGCUCGAUAUACUGAGCAGAGAGCUAUGACACGUAGGACAGUUUAUUCGGACCAAUCAGAAACAUGCUUUUUGCCACGUCAGAUGGCCUCACGGAUUGCUUUCGUUUAAACUCACGGGCCUUGGGGUUUUAUUUCUUUGCCCCAUCCGACGCAGCACGAAGCCCAAAUACGAAGCACGAAGCCCACACGUUAGACUGCUCGACUUUGCCCCAUCCGACGCAGAUCACACAAUUAUACCUAGCCGUCGAAGAUGGCGAUUCUUCUCACCCGUCCCUCUUCGUCUUCUCCGAUCAAAAUCAACGAUAACUAAGUGAUCCACAUUCAAUACUUUCGUACCAAUCAAUCAAUACCUCCUUAAAUGAUUUCGUUUCACCUCCCUCUCUUCCUCCUCCUUUAUAUGCUGUUCUUCUUUUCUUCGUACUAACUAAAACCCUAGAACCACUCAGAUCUCAAACCAUGGCGAUGAAGCGAAAUGGAAAGUCUCCAGUCUCAUCCGACACUGACGAAAAAUUCAUGUUCUUCAAAGAUGUCUCUCUAGGUCCUCAUGAAACUCAAUUGCGCUUCCGGCUCAUCCAUUUCUGGGAGGCUCGAAAUCCGGUGAAGAAGACAAUUAUUGGCCUGGAAAUGCUCCUCAUCGACGAGCAGGGAACUGUCAUUCAGGGAUUCAUCCCACCAGGACGUAUCAAGAAGUACUUGCCUGAUUUGAAGCAAGGGUCAGUUUAUAGGCUCAACAACUUCUACGGGUCGAAAAACAAACCUAUGUAUCGGGUGGCUGAUCAUAUCGCAACCGUGUCUUUCACAUGGAAUUCUGAAUUGUCGGUCCUUCACGAGAUUCCAACCUGUUUCGAUGAAGACCGUUUCAGGUUUCAUUCAUAUGAAGAUUUUGAAGCUAACUGUGAUAUCAAAGGUGACCUCUACGAUGUUGUGGGCCACAUGAAGCUGGUCAAUGGACAUACUCUUAUUGAGCGUCCCACACCUGAUGAAGUGAAGAUCGAUACCACUCGACACAUUAUGGUUCAUGUGCAAUCGCAUGACGGACCUGUCAUGAAGCUCUACCUUUGGGACCAGGCUGCAGCAGACUUCUGCAAGAAGUUUAACUCAUAUGACAACACUCCCACACUGCUUUUGGUCACAGCUGUUAACACCAAACGUCUCGGAGGUACCCUUGCACUGACCUCUAUGUCUCCCUCACGGGUUUUCAUGGACUAUGAUGUCCAGCCAACCAUAGAUUAUUUCAACUGGCUCGGCUCAAACCCGGAGAUUGCUAAUUAAGCAAGUUAGUGCAGACGUCGUCACCAAGCGUGAGACACUGACUAUAGCAGAUAUAUUCAGUUACAUGAAGCAAGAAUCUGCAAAGGAUGCCUUUUUUGAAUGCACUGCUACUAUCGAUGAUGUUGUUCAUGGCUCAGCUUGGUACUAUAUUGGAUGCAGUGGAUGCCAUGCUAAGGCUACCAAAGGCGCAACAUCUUUGGUUUGUACAAACACGAAAUGUGAGAAGAUCAACACAGCUGGUGUCCCUCAGUACCGUGCAAAGAUAUCUGUUUAUGACAACAGUGACCAAGCCAUUUUUGUCCUACUAGGUGAUGCUGGUCGUGUGUUAACCGGAAGGCACGCAUCAGAGUUAGUUAACAGCUACUUUGAGGCUAAUGGGAGUGAAGGAGCUGACCAUUUGGUGCCUGUCCCGGAAGCUCUAAUCAGCACCAUCGGACAGACACAUAAGUUUUGUGUGAAAGUUACACAACACAACUUCUCUGGCGAUACCCGAGCCAUAACUGUCACCAAGAUCCUCUCUCUAGACACACCACCACCCACAGAAGCCUCUGUUGGAAGCAACAUUGCUGCCACGUCCGGGGAGACAGUGCAGACUGAGAAUGAAGUUUGUUAGCCUUUCAAAACCCGUGGUGAUUCUGCAGAUGAGGAGAGUAAGAGGACGUUUGACAGUGCUGAUCCAGAGAAAGCCAAACGCCCAAGACGUGAUGAUUAAGCUUCGGUUCAUGUAUGUUUAAGUCUUUGCUAUAUAGUUCAAGCAUAGACUUGGUUUUUCUUAAGUUUGCUUCAGUUUAAGUACUAUUUUGGUUUAUCUAAAGACAGUGCAUUGUUUCUUUCCCUUUCAGACUUUGUCUUUUAAUCUUUGAACUACUUUUUUAUAAUCACUUCUGUCUUUAUAUUUAUGUUUACUGAUUACUUUAAA